CGGUGGGGAGUCAGCUCCGAGUGCCGUCCGCGGUCGCGCGUGGGGCCGUGCACGUGGUGGGGGGGAGCGCGUGUCCCCCCCAAGUGCGCACCCUGGUCGCUGAGCCCGUCCGCCCGCGUAGGGUGGCGGCCACGGCCGGCGAGUGGAGGGUAGGGGGUCGCCCGCGGCCGGCGCCCCGGGACUCUUAUUGUGACAGGGUGGCGCGCUGUGCUUAGUCACCGUGACCCGCGCGGCGGAGGCGGAGGCGGAGCGCGGCCAUGGCGGGGCCCCUGACUACUAGUGGUGGAACUGUACCUUCUCACCAGGAACCCCAUGCAGCCAGAACCCAGGCCUAGCGGGGCUCCCCGCAGCAGCCAGUUCCUGCCUCUAGGGUCAAAGUGCCCCGAGGGGUCAGGGGACGCGGUGAUGUACGCAUCCACAGAGUGCAAGGCCGAGGUGACGCCCUCCCAGGACGGCAACCGCACCUUCAGCUACACGCUAGAGGACCACACCAAGCAGGCUUUCGGCAUCAUGAACGAGCUCCGGUUGAGCCAGCAGCUCUGUGAUGUGACGCUGCAGGUCAAAUACGAAGACACCCCAGCUGCUCAGUUCAUGGCUCACAAGGUGGUGCUGGCCUCCUCCAGCCCGGUCUUUAAGGCCAUGUUCACCAAUGGGCUUCGGGAGCAGGGCAUGGAGGUGGUGUCCAUUGAAGGCAUCCACCCUAAGGUCAUGGAGCGACUUAUUGAGUUUGCCUACACGGCCUCCAUCUCCGUGGGCGAGAAGUGCGUGCUGCAUGUGAUGAACGGGGCGGUCAUGUAUCAGAUUGACAGCGUGGUCCGAGCCUGCAGCGACUUCCUCGUGCAGCAGCUGGACCCCAGCAACGCCAUUGGCAUCGCCAACUUCGCCGAGCAGAUUGGCUGCACUGAACUUCACCAGCGUGCCCGGGAGUAUAUCUAUAUGCACUUCGGGGAGGUGGCCAAGCAGGAGGAGUUCUUCAACCUAUCGCAUUGCCAGCUGGCCACGCUCAUCAGCCGCGAUGAUCUGAAUGUGCGCUGCGAGUCGGAGGUGUUCCACGCGUGCAUCGACUGGGUCAAGUACGACUGCCCUCAGCGGCGCUUCUACGUGCAGGCACUGCUGCGGGCCGUGCGCUGCCACGCGCUCACGCCACACUUCCUGCAGACGCAGCUGCAGAAAUGCGAGAUCCUGCAGGCCGACGCGCGCUGCAAGGACUACCUGGUGCAGAUCUUCCAGGAGCUCACGCUGCACAAGCCCACGCAGUCCGUGCCCUGCCGCGCGCCCAAGGUGGGCCGCCUCAUUUACACAGCGGGCGGCUACUUCCGACAGUCGCUCAGCUACCUGGAGGCCUACAACCCAAGUGAUGGCUCCUGGCUGCGCCUGGCGGAUCUGCAGGUGCCACGCAGCGGCCUGGCUGGCUGCGUGGUGGGCGGGCUGCUGUAUGCUGUGGGCGGCCGCAACAACUCGCCCGAUGGCAACACCGACUCCAGUGCCCUGGACUGCUACAACCCCAUGACCAACCAGUGGUCGCCCUGUGCCUCUAUGAGCGUGCCGCGCAACCGCAUCGGGGUGGGGGUCAUAGACGGCCACAUCUACGCAGUCGGGGGGUCCCACGGCUGCAUCCACCACAGCAGCGUGGAGAGAUACGAGCCAGAUCGGGAUGAGUGGCACUUAGUGGCACCAAUGUUGACGCGGAGGAUAGGCGUGGGAGUGGCCGUGCUCAACCGCCUGCUGUAUGCAGUGGGGGGCUUUGACGGGACCAACCGGCUCAACUCAGCAGAGUGCUACUAUCCCGAGAGGAAUGAGUGGCGGAUGGUCACACCGAUGAAUACCAUCCGAAGUGGGGCAGGGGUCUGUGUGCUACACAACUGUAUCUAUGCAGCGGGGGGCUACGACGGGAAGGACCAGCUGAACAGCGUGGAGCGCUACGACGUGGAGACAGAGACCUGGACUUUUGUAGCCCCCAUGAAGCACCGACGGAGUGCACUGGGGAUUACUGUGCACCAGGGCAGAAUCUAUGUCCUCGGAGGCUAUGACGGCCACACGUUUCUGGACAGUGUGGAAUGCUAUGACCCAGACACUGACACCUGGAGCGAGGUGACACGGAUGACAUCUGGCCGCAGUGGGGUGGGUGUUGCCGUCACCAUGGAACCCUGUCGGAAGAAAAUUGAUCAACAGAACUGUACCUGCUGAAGCACUUGGGUUACCUGAACACUGACAAGUAAGAACAACAGCCCAUCCAGACCACCGCUGUCUUUGUACAAAAAGAAAGGAAGGAAGGAAGAGGAAAAGCAAACAAACCCACAAUCAGAACACAGGGACAGGAGGCAGCAGAAGAAAGCAUCCCUCUCCAGGAAGGGCAGCUAGGAUGCCGUGUGAAUGACGUUGUGGAAGAGCAGAACUAAAUCCAUAUGCCCGUUUGUCACAGCCCCUGGAGCAUCCAAGACAGUCUGCCUGCGGUGCAGUAUGGAGGGGCACCCUCACAAGUGAGAGGCCCCUAUACCCUCUGGCUGGGGAUGAGGCCACCAGCACUCAGACUUCUCUCGGGGGGGCAGGAAAAACAGGGGUCACAUGUGUUUUCUUUGGUCCCUACAACUUGGUGAUCAAAUCUAGGGGACAAGGGGAGAAGGGCCAAGUGAGGCCAAGAGGCUGAGGCUUCCUCAGGAGCUGCAAUCCCCAGGGACAAGCCUGCACAGAGAACACUGGGCCUCUACGCCCUGGAUAGUUAUUUUGUUAAGUAACCCUUUAACUUUCCCAUGGAAAUUAAAAACGGAUUUAGCAGUGGCUUGUACAUAGGACCUCAGAGGGCAAUGGGAUCCCUCAGGGAGAGGCAGCUCUUCGAUUGAAAUAUACUCAGAUCUUGAUCGGGGCUGGUAUUUGAAACCUGUCUGUUUUCUCCGCGUACCAUUGUGCAUUCUGCUCAUAUGGGCAUCUUGUACCCUCGUGGGCCACAAAGCGUCUAUCAGUUUUAGGUGCAUUAGAAGCCAAUGACCUAACUUUUAUGCCACUUCUCCUGGGGCCUCCUGUGUUUUGCUUGACUUUGAGACAAGGUUUCAUGUAGCCCAGGAUGGCCUUCAGCUCAGAUCCUGAACUCCUGAUCCUCCCUCCUGCCUCAGCCUCCUGAGAGCUGGGAUUACAGUUGUAUACCACCAAACCUGGUUCCUGCUUGUCCUUUUUGUACCCAGGCAGCAAAAUAAAGAUUUCUGGGACCUUGA